GUAUAUUGCUCUUCAGCAUAAGUUCACAUAAAUAGCAAUUGUUCUGUCACAUCGCGGAUGACCUCCGCGAACCAACCUGCUGUGUCACACACACUAAUCAGCUUUGGAUGAGUCACAACAAAUCGCAGCGGAGCGAAGAAAAACAAUUGCAUUUUACUGCCAAGAGGCCUCAAAGUUUUGCAUUGUGCUAGUUGAUUUUCGUUAGAGCAUCAAACAGAAAGGACAAACAUCUUUUAGCAACCAUGGAGUGGCUUUUUGGGAAGCGGAUGUCACCGGAUGAGAUGAUGCGGAAGAAUCAGCGAGCGCUCAACAAAGCAAUGCGUGAUCUGGAUCGGGAAAAGAUGAAAAUGGAACAGCAGGAGAAGAAAAUUAUCGCCGAUAUUAAAAAGCUAGCCAAGGAAAACCAGAUGGACGCGGUGAAAAUCAUGGCAAAAGAUCUCGUCCGCACGCGCCGCUACGUACGAAAGUUUAUGCUGAUGAAGGCCAACAUUCAGGCAGUGUCGCUCAAAAUACAAACGCUGAAAUCACAAAACGCUAUGGGCGAAGCGAUGAAGGGUGUCACGAAGGCAAUGACCAACAUGAAUCGUCAGCUAAACCUGCCACAGAUUCAGAAGAUACUGCACGAGUUCGAGAAGCAGUCAGAGAUUAUGGAUAUGAAGGAGGAGAUGAUCAACGACGCAAUGGACGAUGCGAUGGAGGAUGAGGGCGAUGAAGAAGAAACCGAUGCCAUCGUGUCGCAGGUGUUGGAUGAGUUGGGUCUUCAGUUAAACGAUCAGCUGUCCGGAUUGCCUCAAGCCUCAGGUUCGUUGGCUGUGUCUGGCGCGAAGACUCCUCAGGCAGCUGCAGUAGGCGCAGCCGGUGGCUCCGGCGGAGCUGGAUCUCCGGUUUCGGAUGCGGAUGCCGAUCUACAAGCUCGACUGGACAAUCUCAGACGAGAGUAACAAAGUACGUACGGUUCGAUUAUUAUAAUUGUCACUGCUGUUCUGUGCCGCUCGCAUAUUAAAAUGCGAAGAAAGGCAUUUCGUCUCAAGUACGUGCGAUCCUGACCAUUGCGAUCGUAGAGCAGAUCAAUAUGAACUCCAGGAUGUUAAGGACGAUACUUUGUUUGAAUGUUUUUUUUAUCAUAAGUUGAACCCCCCUAUUAUGCUGCUUUCUUAACGUAAAUAACGCGCGAAUGUAAAUAUGAGAAUAAAGUAUCGUAAAACGGUUCUGUAAACCUCAUGGUCGUUAAGUACUCAUUGUUUAUCAUUAAAUUUUCUCAACAAAAAAAAUUCCUCAGUAAAUAUUGCUACUUAAAAACCAAUUUGUUUGCAUCACAUGUUCACGCUGUGCUUUAUGUGUCGAGUAAGUGCUAUAUGAAUAAAAUACAAACGUCGAUGUGAAAUGAAA